AUGAGACGUCUGUCGACCAUUUCACUUGCACUGGGCAAGGAGAGGACUAGGACCGAGCUGGUUCCGUUUUUAGAGGAGGUGACGCAGGAGGACGAAGACGAGGUUUUGACGGUUUUGGCCGAGGAGUUGGGCGGGUUUAUUCCGUACGUGGGAGGCCCUGAUAAUGCACAUGUGCUGAUUCCCGCUUUAGAAGCGCUGUCGGGAGCAGAGGAGCCAGUGGUGCGUGAUAAGGCGGUCGAGUCUUUGAACUUGAUUUGCCAGGCGUUUUCCACCAGCCAGGUCAAGGAGUAUUUCCUGCCUCUGAUCACCAGAUUGUCAUCCACCGACUGGUUCACAAGCCGGGUAUCGGCUACUGGUUUAUAUGCAGCAGCUAUUAGCAAGCUCGAGGGUACAGAACGCAAUGAUUUAUUAGUCCUUUAUAAGGACUUGACUCAGGAUGAGGCUCCCAUGGUUCGUAGAGCAGCAGCCACUAGUCUGCCUAAAAUCAUUGGCGAACUGCCCGAACUGGAUUUCGACGAAAACUCGACUCUUCAUACAAUGUUCAUUUCGCAAAUCACUGAUGAUCAGGACUCAGUAAGGUUGUUGUCAGUGGACGUUUUGAUUGCCAUUGCGGAGUCGCUGAAAAAGCAGUCGAUUACUAAAUAUAAUUCCGAGCUCAUUGGAUUGACUUUAGAUUUGUUUAAUGACAAGAGCUGGAGAGUGAGAUACAUGGCUGCUGAUAGAUAUGAACGAUUGGCGCGAAGUUUGGACGGCAGUGAGUUGCGCGAGAAGUUUAUUCCUUCAUUUGUCAAGCUCAUGAAGGAUUCGGAAGCCGAGGUUCGAACUGCUAUUUCGAAACAGAUCCCCGGGUUCUGUAGUCUAAUUCCUCUGGCGGCAAUUAUUUCGGAAAUCAUUCCUAAUGUCGAGCUUUUGGCCGAAGACUCGUCUCAGCAUGUACGAGCCGCGCUUGCUAGUGAAAUCAGUCGUUUGGCACCUUUAUUGGAGAAGGAAAAAACUACUCAAUACUUAUUACCUACAUUUUUACAGAUGCUAAAGGACGAGUUCCCCGAUGUAAGACUGAACAUUAUUUCGAAACUCAAGAUUGUGAAUGAUGUGAUUGGCAUUGAACUGCUGUCGAAAUCGCUUUUACCUGCCAUUAGCGAGCUGGCAAAGGACAAGCAAUGGAGAGUACGACUGGCUAUUAUCGAGUAUAUUCCAUUGUUGGCCGAGCAAUUGGGAGUCUCGUUUUUCGAUAAAGAGCUGGGUCCUCUGUGUAUGACGUGGUUAUGGGACAGUGUUUUCUCGAUCCGAGAAGCUGCUACUCUGAAUCUGCGUAAACUAACUGAAGUGUUUGGAGUCGACUGGGCUAAAGAUGAAAUCAUUCAAAACGUGAUUGCCGUGGCCGAGAACUCGAAUUAUUUGUACCGACUGACUGCGUUGUUUGCAAUUACGACGCUGAUUCCCGUCAUGGACCAAGCGGCCAUCACUGACUCGAUCCUGCCAUUCAUCAUCAACCUGACAGACGAUGCCAUUCCCAACAUCCGGUUCAACAUUGCCAAAUCGUUUAAAGUGCUUGCCGAGACCUGUUUGACCUGGACUGACGGUGGUGACGAGCAGGACUCUGCCACCACCACCGGACCUGCUUCUCCUGCUGCUGCCAAGACCGACUCGGCAUCUUCCACCACUGAACCUUCCACUGGAACGUCCGAGUCCACCGCUGCCACGGCCAACAAACCAGUGUCUCCCCUGGCCAAACAAAUCAUCACCGAAACAAUCAUCCCCCGUCUAGAAAAGCUCACUGGAGACUCGGACGUCGACGUGCGCUACUUCGCCAACAAAAGCCUCGAAGAAAUCGACGUCCUCGCCAAACCUCUCCUGGAAAAAUAA